AGUUAGUGGAACAGCUUCCUCAUGACAGAAGAAGACAUUCAGCUUGAUGAAGUACAGGACCCUGAUCAUAUUGACUACGACUAUGUACCUUACGGACAGAUAGAACACGAGACUAGGGAUGAAAAUAAACCGGAGGUGGAUUUCGAUGAGCAGGCUAGACUAACGUCAGUAAAGCACCUGUUUUCCAAGUUAGACCCAGCAGUGGUUAAAGCACAGGGGGAUGCAAUAGGAGAGAUAGGUCUGGCACUCAGAUACAGACAGGAUAAGGAACUUCUGAUGAUAAGGGUUGUGUCUGCUCAUGGCCUUGCUUCAAGACAAGUUGCCAGGCUAUCUGUUGAUCCGCAGGUAGAAGUGAAACUACUAGACUCAGUUGACGAGGACAUGAUCCGAACCACUAUAAAGAAGGACUCAAAUAAUCCAGUCUGGAAUGAGAUCCUCACCUUCAAAGUAGACGAGUAUUCUUUAGAGGGAACUCGUGUCUUGUUCAGGGUGGUGGAUGGAAGUGAUGUUAUUGGAGAACUCAUGGUGCCUCUAGAUUGGGAUGUUCUUGAUGGAGAAACAGAGUGGUUCGACCUUCAAGACCAGAGGGAUUGGAGUAUAGGUGGCGCGCUGCACGUGCGAGUAAAGUACACCAACCCCACAACUCUACACGUUAACGUAGCCUCUGCAGAGGGUCUCUGUGGUAAGGACAAGGACAAACUCUCCGACCCUUACGUUAGAGUCACUCUUGCAGGAAAGUACCCUGUUAAAUCCACUAAGGUUAUCAAAGGAACUGUGAACCCCGUCUGGAGUGAAACGUUCGACUAUGCAAUCCCAGUACAACUUCUACAAACUGCAACGAUCCUGCUAGCUGUGUACAACAAGAACCUUAUUGACGCAGAUGAUUUCCUGGGAGAAGCGCGGAUCUCUUUACACGACUAUAAACAUUUCCACGAGAUUGAUAACUGGUUCCCUCUAGCUGACCUGAAACACGUUGCGCGGCACAGGUCGGAGUGGAGUAAGGGCGCUGUGGAGCAGGAGCUGCGCGAGGCGCUCGUAGCGCACAUCACCUGCCGCUCCCCAAACCUCAUCUUCAACAACACCUCCAACAAGAAUAGGGUUAUCCGGCUAUCAUGUUCCAAAGCAGGUCAGAAAUCUAAACUCACCAUUAAGGACGGAAAACUCAUCUUCGACUGAACAAUGAACUUUUAGCAUGGUAGAGUAGUACACAAUGAGUCUGAUCAUCAGAGUUACAAUCUAACAUAGAGUGAUAGAGUUACUUCCUUGAUUGGAACGAUAGAAGAUCAGUAGAGUAUAACAAGUCGAUAGUUCUGGAAGCAUUAAAGUGACCUCUCAGUUCUCGCAAGCACAAGCGAACUUCUCAGAUGAUAUGGAAAGUUAGAGUUCCUUUGAAACUGCUUUAAUUCGACCAAACGUUUGACAUAAGUAUGUCUGGUCUCAAUGACUACUUCAGAGUUGAAAACGAAUGACAAAUAACGUAGAUUGAUAGACUUUCAAACACACUUGUAAAUAUUUUAAUUACAUGCCAUUAUUUGAUUUCUUUAUUUACGAUUUUGUUAAUAAUUGUUGUGUUAUUUUUCAAUUAAUAUUAUGUCAAGCUCUACGCAAAUACUACGCCACUAUAAUAGAAUAAGAACUGGUUAGUAUUUGGAAAAAUGUUAACAUCAAGUAAUUAACUACAUAUCCCUCUAAGAAAUCGUUCAUAUCAAGUAAACUUAUUAAUUUUGCAGCAGACUAAUAAUAGACAAAUUAUAUUGACGUCUCCCCCGACUCCGAGAUCGGUUUUAAUACAUGUUUUAAGAUCCCUUUCUAAGUAAUGAUUUUGUAACAAAUAAAAAUUCAAAUCUGAAAUAUGACUGUGAAAAUAUAGCAUGAAACACUUUUUAUUUUUUUAAAUUGUUUUAAAACCCAAUA